UGAACGCGUUAUUUUGCUACACAUUUUUAAAAGCAAUCAAAACAUCAUUUUACUACUUGUUCGUGUGUCUCACAAUUUCUCUUAAGCGAUCAAGCUCUAUUUAUUAUUGAAUUCAUCCAUACUUUUAUUUUAGCCAUGAUACUACCCAACAUCACUUUUAUGGUCGCUUUUGCUGCUGUUGGCACACUAGGCGCAAUGUCCAGUACUGUCUCGAGCAGAGCAGAGUUCUCUCCUAACACUGGCCACAAUCCAAGCAAAAGCACCCUAGGGAACACUAACGCGCAUCCAACCCCGUUUGUCAUUCCCAGCCUGCAGGAGUGGGACGGUGGCAAUGGUGUCUGGGUGAUAAACAAGGUGACCCGUAUUGUCGUUGAUUCAGAAUAUGCCAAUGGCAUUGCCCUCGACUUCAAGCAUUCAUAUAUGGCCAAUCCAUCCCAUCUCCAAGAAUUUGCAACCAGCUUCCAGUCCGACAUUAAACAGGUAACAGGAAUCGAAAUAGAUGUUGCGAUCUCAAACAAGUACUCAAAGGGCGACAUCUUCAUGACACUCGGCGCCGAAAUUAAAGACCCAAAGCUCAAUAACGAGGGAUACCACUUGUCUAUCAGCCAGAUGGGAGUGGUCAUCCAGGCCGUUACUUCCCGCGGUGCCUUCUGGGGUACUCGCACACUACUGCAGAUGCUGAUAUUGGCCGACAAGAGUGGUUUUGCGCUGCCUCAGGGCCAUACGCGCGACUACCCCAACUACAAUGAACGCAAGUUUGUGCAGGACAUUGCUCGCAAACCAAUCCCCAUGUCAGAUCUCAAGGAGUACGCCAUACUAACGUCAUUCUACAAGUACAACACGCAUCAUUUGCACUUCAAUGAUAAUGCUGGCAUGCGGACAAAAGGCUUGAUGCCAGACUGGGCAGCCAAGUAUUCGGGUUUCCGCCUCAAGUCAGACAACCCUGCAUUUUUUAUGUAUGCCAGCAGUGACACCGCAUACACAAAGCAGGAUAUGCGCGAUUACCAGAACUUCAUUAAGGUCCGCGGUCUGGAUCUAAUCCCCGAGAUUGACACACCCGCACACUCACUUUGUUUCACCAGAUUUCAUCCUGAGUGGUCCAUCCAGGAGGACACUGCUCGCGGCGAUUGGUUGGAUCUGGAAAAUAAGGACGUAUGGUCCUUCGUUGAAACCCUGUGGGCCGAGUUUAUAGGGUGGUUUGACUCGCGCGAAAUCAGCAUCGGCGCCGACGAAUACGACGAAUCCAAAGGUGACUUGGCACGCAAGUUUGUCAAUCAUUGCCACAGGUACUUUGCCACCCGCUUUAAUCGAACCAUCCGCAUGUGGGGCUCCGACGUUAAACUACCUGGCACUGUCGAGAUAAACAAAUCCAUCCAUACCGACCAUUGGGAUUUUACUUACAGCAAUCCCGUCGAUCUGGUGAAGCGAGGCCACAGGGUGUGUAAUCUGAACGCACCCGAUGUUUAUUUAGUCCCACGCUCACACGCAUACUCGGAUUAUUUUGACCAGCAAAAGCUGUACGAGCUCUGGGAGCCCUGGGUAUUUGACAUUUUGGACCGCACUAACACCAGUCGCAACCUAAGCCCCACCGAGCCCCUGCUUACAGGCGGUGGAUUUGCCAACUGGAACGACUUUCUCGGCGAAUCAGUUACCCGCGUUGAGCUCUAUGAUCGCGUGUCUCAGGCAGCCGGUGUUGUCUCUGAGAAAAUGUGGACUGGAUCGAGGAACACGGACAGAACGGCCUACGACGACUGGGCGCCCCUGGCCAGGAAGUUGCGUGAAAGCAUUCCAGGAAUCACGCUGACGCGUCGCCCAAAAUCCAAAAGCUCAUUCGUCAUCAUCUAUGACUUUGAGGACGGCGCAGCAGAGGAUAAAUCCGGCAAUGGCUACGACGGCAAGCUAAGCAGCAGUGCCAGGAUCGUCGAUGCUGGUGAGGGCCACGGUAAAGCAGUGCAACUGUCUGUCAACUCAUACAUCACCACUCCUCUCGAGAGUAUCCGCUAUCCCUACACGAUCGGCAUGUGGGUCAAGCCCAGCGGCAUGCAGCCUCACAAUGGUGUGCUUCUCGAAUCCGGCGAUGGCAAGCUCCUAAUCAGCAACAGCCCCGCGCACACUGUUACAUUUGAGCAGGACAGCAACCACUACGCCACGCAGAUCAUCCUUCCUCCUGAUACCUGGUCGCACAUUGCCUUUUCUGCUGAUAAGGACAGAACAUCGGUCUUCUUCAAUAUGCGCCGCCGGGCUAUCGUCAACUAUUUCAAUCCGCGCUGGGACCAGAUGUGCAACGAGACCAUAGUUGUCACUGGCCCUAUCAGCUCCAUUGGCAGCAGGUCUGGCAGCAGCUUCAGCGGCCUGGUCAACGGCUUCUUCGUGCUCAACCGAGCAAUCAACGCCAGCGAGCUGGCUUUCCUCGCCAAACGCUACGCCAAUGCCCUCCCCUGACGACCAAAUUCAUAAAGGCUUUGCUUAGUUUAAGAGUGAGCAAGUUGAAAUUUAAAAUCCAAGAGAAGUUCAAAUGCUUUUCAGUUCUUUAAGGUUGCGUAUGCAUUAUUUUCUU